AUGACGUCUAAGACCAUCCAUGGGAACUCGCAAUUCCAGAAGCUCUCCUCUCUACGCUGGACGUGGGAGUCACCCGGUGGAGGGUACCGUAAUGAAAUAGAUCACACCAUCGUCAAUAAAAGGUUCUGCCUGACGGACGUCGCUGUUGUACCAAAGUUCUAUACGAGAUUGGACCAUCGCCUCCUCCGAGGAAGGUUUCCCUUCACAAGGAGAGAAGAGAAAGCUGUCAAGUUCAGAGAAAGAAAUCCCAGAACUAUCAUUAACUGGGACCUCUUCGCUACGCUAGCCGGCUUUUGGGAAGAUUCCAGCACAAGAGCACAUUUGGACAGCAUCAACGAGGAAUACGACCGAGAGGCGAUAAAGGAAGACCUUAAAGAGAGAAGAGCAGAACUGCUAGCUGAGGCCGCAGAGGCGAUCAAAAACAUCCGCUACGCCAGCCGAGACUUCGCUUUUCGCAAGACGAGGAUGACUGCUCUCCGGACCCCGAAGAGAACAACCCCAUGUCCUCUUGGCUCCUCACCAUCUGAGGGAAGACGGAUAUGUCAUUCCAGAAGUUCUCCCGUCCAAAAUACGACAUGCUAUCUUGUCGAUAAGAAAUUGCACGGCACCUCGUCGCCACCUCGCAACUUUCCGCCAGGACUCAUCAACACCCUGGCGAGCCUCUUUACACGUUACUUAUCGGAAUGCAAGGUUCCUAAACAGUGGAAGACCAGCAAGAUCGUGUUGUCGUAUAAAAAGGGAGAUCCACAUGACAUCGGCAACUAUCGCUCAAUCUGCUUACUGCCCGUCAUCUACAAGCUCUUCACAAGAGUGGUCCUUAAUAGGAUUGAAAAAGUUUUGGAUGAAGCACAGCCAUGCGAGCAAACAGGGUUUCGAAAAGGAUUCAGCGCGAUUGGCCACAUUCACACUGUUUCGAAAAUCAUCGAGGUAUCACGAGAGUACAAGAUGCCGCUCUGUCUCACCUUCAUCGACUUGAAGAAGCCCUUCGACUCAGUUGAGACGGAAGCGGUCGUGGAAGCCUUGGACAACCAAGACGUCCCUACUCAGUACAUAAAGGUACUCCGAGAGUUGUACAGUAAAAUCACGACCGGAAUUUCGCCAUUCUACAAGAAUAUCAUCAUUGACGUGAAGAGGGGGGUCCGACAGGGUGAUACAAUCUCACCCAAAAUAUUCACAGCCACCCUCGAGAACGCAAUGCGAAACAUUAGCCAAGCGGAACGAAUGCUGACCGAAUUCGACGAAACAUGUGGAUGCAUCGGUCUUCAGCUGAAUCUCAAAAAGACUAUGUUCAUGGUGAACGGAUGGGUCUCGGAUGCCCCAUUCACGCUCAGCGGAAAGAACAUAUCCGAAUGCACCAGCUACAUUUAA